GAGAGAAUUGAGCUUCACGUCUGAGCAAGCAGGGAGCCAGCUGAGGUUGCCAAGCAUCAUCAGUCCCAGAGGUAUCACUGAACCAGUGUUCUGCACCAGGAAUCAGGCAUUGGAUUCUCAAGCCUUCCAUAUCAUUACUAGCGAGGACGAAUUUUAAUGGCUCUAUCUGUGGUGACUGCUUUUGGCCUGGUGUUCUGUAUCUCCUGUCUGCUUUUAAUUUCAGCAUGGAAGAAGGCAUUUGGAAGAGGAAAGCUCCCUCCUGGUCCUGUUCCUCUUCCAAUUAUUGGUAAUAUAUUGCAGUUGGAUAUGAAGAAUUUCCCCAAAUCUUUAUGCACGCUGGCAAAAAUCUAUGGCCCAGUGUUUACUCUGUAUUUGGGUUCUAAGCCUAUUGUUGUGUUACAUGGGUACAAGGCAAUGAAAGAAGCACUGAUUGAUCAUGGAGAAGAGUUUGCCAACAGAGGAAGUUUCCCUAUCAUUGAUGCUAUUAAUAAAGGGUUGGGACUUACUUUCAGCAGUGGAGAAAGAUGGAAACAAAUGCGGCACUUCUCCCUGAUGACCCUGAAGAAUUUUGGGAUGGGGACAAGGAGUAUUGAGGAGCGAGUCCAAGAAGAGGCAAAGUACCUGGUCCAGGCAUUAAAAAAAGACAAUGGGAUGCCCUGUGACCCCACAUUCAUCCUUGGGUGCGCCCCCUGCAAUGUCAUCUGCUCUAUCAUUUUCCAGAAGCGUUUUGAAUAUCACAAUCAGAAAUUCCUACAUUUAAUGGAACUUUUAGAUGAAAAGUCUAAGAUCCUGAGUUUGCCAUGGAUACAGAUCUACAAUCUCUUCCCAGCUUUGGUACGGCAUCUCCCAGGAUCUCAUCACAAAUUAUUUAAGAACUGUCAAAUGCUGCAUGAUUUUAUUUUGGAGGAAGUGAAGGAGCACCAAAAAGCCCUGGACCCCAACAACCCUCGGGAUCUGAUUGACAGUUUCCUGAUAAAAAUGGAAAAGGAAAAGGAAAAACCACAGUCUGAAUUUACCAUGGAAAACUUGACUUUUACUACAUCUGAUAUAUUUGCUGCAGGAACAGUGACAACCAGCACCACUCUGAGAUAUGGCCUUCUGAUUCUCUUGAAACACCCUGAGGUAACAGAUAAAAUUCAUGAAGAAAUUGACCGGGUGAUUGGCCACAACCGAAGCCCCUGCUUGAAGGACAGAAACAGUAUGCCUUACACAGAUGCUGUAAUCCACGAGAUACAAAGAUAUAUUGAUCUGGUCCCAGCCAAUCUGACUCAUUCAGUGACACGAGAUACUAAGUUCAGACAAUACCUAAUCCCUAAGGGUACUACCAUAAUACCAUUACUGAAAUCUGUUCUGUAUGAUGAUGAAGAGUUCCCCAAUCCAGACAAGUUUGAUCCAGGUCACUUCCUGGAUGAAAGUGGCAACUUUAAGAAGAGUGAUUAUUUCAUGCCUUUUUCAGCAGGAAAACGGAUAUGUGUUGGUGAGGGCCUGGCUCGGAUGGAAUUAUUUCUGUUUUUUACUACCAUCUUACAGAAUUUUACCUUGAAAUCUCCAGUUGACCUUAAAUAUAUUGACACCACCCCAGUUGCCAAUGGAUUUGGCAAUAUACCCCCCUCCUUUAAACUCUGCUUUCUACCUUCCUCCAAAAUGUGAGGGGACUACUUCUGGUUCCAAUUUCUUUAGCGUCUAUGGACAUGCUAUACUCAUUCCCUGUCCUGGCAAUGAAAGUCCUCUAUGAUUUCAACCCAAACUACCUUUCUAGCUCAAUCUCCUAUUACUUCCUCUGACUUUUAACAAAAUAGAUUACCUGCUCCCCCUAACACCACCCCAACAUUCCCUGUGCCUGAAAUAUUUCCUUGACUCAACUCUCCACCUUUUAAAUCACAAUUCUGAUGCCACAUCCCCAUUUACGUAUUGUCUAUACCGUAAAAAUUAACAAUUAUAACUCA